ACAAAAAUAAAUAAAUUUGGCAAUUAAGCAAAAGAGAGUAUAAUAAGGUGUGAAACUUUGCAGCCAUGACCGUUUGUGUUCAACUCGAUUCAUAUAUGGCAGGGACACUCCGAACCACAUUCCUCAAUCCCCUCACCGCAGGAUGUAUGACUUCCGUUCGCCGUCGACUUUAUUUUCCGGGUACCCUCUUUCCAUUUUCCUGCAAUCAUUACUCGGUCAGAAUCCAACUCCGUCCAGCACUCGCUCGGAAGUGUCCCUCAUUUCCUUCAAUUUCUAUUAGAGCCCAAAAGCAAUCUUACCAGGGUAAUGAAAGUGAAAACCAAAUUCCAGUAGAAGACUACAAUUGGGCGGCACCUAUUCUGAAUUUCGCAUCAAAUAACUUUCUUCCAUUAGCUCUUAUAUGCGGAGUAACCCUUGGGUUGGCAAAUCCUAGCCUUGGUUGUAUUGCAGAUAGAUAUUAUCUCUCCAAGCUCAGCACUUUUGGGAUAUUCACUAUCUCCGGGCUGACACUCCGUACAGAAGAAAUCGCUGCUGCUGCUGAAGCUUGGCCGGUUGCACUGUUUGGUCUUGUAUGAACUUCCUUCUCAUGUGCCAAUUUACUUUUUGCUUCUAUUUUGUUCAUCACACCUCUGUUUUCAAAGAUUAUUUUGCUGCUUCGGCUUCAGCCUCAAGAAUUCAUCACAGGUCUAGCUAUAUUUUGCUGCAUGCCAACAACAUUAUCUAGCGGAGUGGCUCUAACUAGGCUGGCUGGAGGAAAUUCUGCCCUUGCUCUUACAAUCACAUUGAUAUCAAGUCUCACAGGAAUUCUGAUUAUACCGUUUUCCAUCUCAAAGCUCAUUGCCAGGGGAGUUGGUCUACCUGUUCCGACUCAGCAGCUGUUGACAGGCCUUGUUCUAACACUCUUGGUUCCUCUCAUUCUCGGGAAGGUUUUUCGAGAUUCUUUCAAGAGAUUGGCAGAAUUUGCUGAUCUGAAUCGCAAGCUCCUGUCUGUGACAAGUGCAGUUCUCCUCAGUUUAUGAGGCAGCUAUGAUUCGAGAUCGUGAAGAGUAUCUUUGAAAAUCACAAGUUCCGUAAAUGAAACAGUAAUUCCUGUUUUUUCUUUCUUAUUUAUUUAUUUAUCUAAACAGGCCCCAUUUAUACAAGUGAGUAAAUCAAGAUCACUGCUCUUACUGGUUAACCCAGCUGCUUUUCUCAUUGCAGUGGUCAUGGGAGCGCUUUUGCAUGUAAUAUUAUUUUCUUUUAACGCUCUUGCGAUAAGAAUUUUCUCUCUUGGUGGACCCAAAUCAGCUUUCGCGAAGAAGGAAAAUGCCAGUGCCCUCUUAUUUGUUGCGAGCCAGAAAACGUUACCGGUCAUGGUAGCUGUUGUUGAACAGCUUGGUGGUGCACUGGGUGAACCUGGUCUGCUGAUUCUUCCCGGUGUAGCAGCCCAUUUGAGCCAGAUAAUCAUGGAUUCAUUUGUAGUCAACUAUUGGCAGAAGGAUCGAGCUAAUAAUCUAUAGUAUCGAGCCAAUAAUCAUUUGUGUUUAUUCCUUCGAUGCAUGGGCUUCCUGAAUUUUACCUAAACACAUCCAUGUUAAAUGUACUUUGAUCAAGUGCUCAAGAGUUUUUUUCCGUA